AUGUCUCAAACUACAACAGUCGCAGAAUAUUUGUUCACCCGCCUAAAGCAACUAGGUGUCGGUGCGGUUCAUGGAAUCCCUGGAGACUACAAUCUUCGCUUGCUGGACUUUGUUGUCCCCUCAGGACUCCUCUGGGUAGGCAACACCAACGAACUCAACGCCGGAUAUGCCGCAGAUGGGUAUGCGCGGAUCAAAGGCAUCGGGGCGCUUGUCACCACAUAUGGAGUCGGCGAGCUAUCGGCGAUCAAUGCCAUUGCCUGUGCGUUCACCGAGCGGGCAGCCGUCGUACAUAUCGUGGGCACACCUCCUCGCAACACACAAGCAUCCCGUUUGAUGGUGCACCAUACCCUGGGGGACGGGGACUACCGGCACUUUGGGCAGAUGCAAUCGCACGUCACUGUGGCUCAGACCAAUUUGCUCGAUCCCCGUACUGCGCCGCAGCAAAUCGAUCAAAUUCUGGAGCAAUGCAUUCUGCACUGCAGACCAGUCUAUAUUGAAGUUCCUCUGGACAUGGUUUCAGCAUCAGUCAUCGCAGAAAACCUCGCUUAUGAGAUUGCGAUCCCAAGAGCUGUCCUAAAUCCUGCUUAUGAUGUGAUCUUAGACAAAGUCCUUGAGCGGAUAUAUGGGGCAGAACGACCUCUCAUUCUCGUGGACGGAGAGGCCAGAGCGCUGGGCAUCCUCGACCAGAUCGACAAACUCGUGUCUUCUACGAUCUGGCCCACAUUCACCACAACGUCCGGUAAAGGGCUUGUCAAUGAGACGUUCCCCAACGUUCAUGGCAUCUAUCGCGGCAGUUUUGCAGACGCUAACUCAAAGGCUUUCAUCGAUGGCUCGGAUCUAGCCUUGUACUUUGGACCUCACCUCAGCUCAACCAACACUUACAAUUGGACCGGCGUUCCCAAAUCGGCCGUCACCAUCUACUUCACCUGGGACGGCAUCAAGAUUGAUGACAUGCUCCAUCGCGACAUUUCGCCAGCCUAUUUUCUCACUCAACUUCUGCAGAAACUGGACUUGAAAAGGCUGAAGAAAUACGAGAGCAGCCCGACCUUCCCUCAUGAGCACCCUUUAUCAUUUUCAGAAGUGUCGACGGACGCCGCUAUAGAGCAAGAUAAAGUCUGGCGCCUCAUUACACCAUUCCUGCGGCCUGGAGAUAUUGUCUUCGGUGAAACAGGGACUGCAGGAUAUGGCGUGCGAGAGAUGCUCCUCCCCGAGCAUACGAGACUCUUUACUCCUAUCACCUGGCUUUCUAUUGGGUAUAUGCUACCGGCCUGUCAAGGCGCAGCAUUGGCUCAGCGCGAACUAAUCGCUUCGUCGAAGUACCACGGCCUUGCGACGGCUCGAACCAUUCUCUUCAUCGGCGAUGGCAGCUUUCAGAUGACUGUCCAGGAACUCGCUACCAUCAUUAGACACAAUCUCAACGUGGUAGUGUUUCUGAUCAACAAUGACGGCUACACAAUAGAGCGCUGUAUUCACGGCAUGAAAGAAGGUUACAAUGACAUUUCUCCUUGGCGCUACUUGAAAGCACCCAGCUUUUUCGGGGCUCCAGAAAACACUUUCACUUCGUCUGCAAGGACGUAUGGCGAACUUCAGCCGUUGCUAAAUCACGAGAGUCUCGCCAACGGAACAGGCUUGAGAAUGGUGGAAAUUCAUAUGGAUCGCUAUGAUGCGCCUGCCGGGCCGCUGACUGCGUUGCUCAAUCAGCAAAAACCGCCACAGGGCACUGAGGCGUGA